GAUUUAUUCAUCGUUGAAAUUAAAUUCAGUUAAAUUUCACAAAGAAGGUCAUAAUAUUCAGUCAUAAUGGGAGUCACCAGCACAAUCAAGCGGAGAAUCUUGGGUAGACUUCACCCUUUAUUUAAACGUCUGAUGUUACCGGCGUGUGGUUUGCUGAUUGUUGUGCACAUCGCAACCUGGAGCGACCGCAGUUUGCCUGAGGCACCAGAAAUACACAGAGUUUUGCCUGGGGAAGCUUUAGACCCUCUAGUGAAGCCGAAAAUUCAUAACCCGCACGAUAAGCGUCCAUCGAACGCCUUCGAAUCCGUGCUUCGGAGCGCCGCUGAAGUUGAAGACCUUCAGGGUCCCGAUGACGAUGCGCCUGUCGUCUCGCUGACGAAGAAAAAUACUCCCUCAGACACCCGCAGGAAUAAAGGCUUCCAGAAAAACGAGCAAGCCCUGCAGGUAGAAGCUCCUAAAGGAGAAGAUGAUAAGAUGAAGAAAGUCAAAAGGGAGUCCGAUGACCUCCGCGAUAGUGAAUGGUCCAUGUCGAAAAUGAAUAUAUCUGGCAAUGAAAAGGUGAAAUUCCCCGGCCACAAGAUAAGUGAAGACACCGUCACGCUCACUGUCAUGUCCAGCGCCGACAAGGUCUUCAUGUCGAUCAAUAAACGCGAGAUAUACCGCGGGCUGACGCAGCGCGGUAUGCACGUAGUUGUGCUACACCAACACACUGGCAAGUCUGUCGCCGCGCGCGUCUUUGACACGUUCAACAACGGCACGGAGGAGGAGAUGGUGGAGCAGGACGAGGCAGCCACCGGUCUCACAUGGAAAGGGCGCAAUAAACUACGAGAAAUGGGCUCCAGAUUCGCGGACAGGAUCAACUUCCGUGACAUGUGGAUUUUGGUUACGAUUAAAGGCGGCCUGAAACUUGCUGAGUCAUUCUCGAACGUUGCGGUUGAGGACACAGCUUAUGAGUGGGGCGGGCCCCUGUUUCUGCGUACAGACUUCGAUCUCGAAGCCACGGCUGGUUUAUGUCCUUGGGGUAAAAGCGAUCACGCGCAACUCAGGCAAAGGUUCUGCCAGCGGUUCGAUGGGUACGGGGAUUUGUGCAAGUGCUCCGUGAAGAACUUCGAGGAUGUCUUCUUCAAAACUGAUCCUCAGGUCUUCAAGGAUCUUGAGGGUAAUCCUUUCCACAAAGAACUUGCGGUUGCCGUGCUUGCAUCUGAUAGACCACACUAUUUGUACCGUACGCUGAAGGCUCUAAGAGAAGCAGGAGGUGAAAAAAACAGCCGCAUUGUCGUGCUCGUAGAAAAAGAGCAUCGAGAAAUCGCGGCGCUGACCAAGAUUUUCGGCUACCAUCUCAUCGUCACGGGUCAGAGACCGGGGGAAAAUGUCACGGUGCCUGUGCGAGUCAGAGACAAAGUUCAGUAUGCUUUCAGGGAAUUGAUGGGAGCUUCUUUCCCAGCAAAUACAAUUCCUGAAGGAAUGAAGGCAGUUCCUUCAAUUCCUACCCUCCGCACCGACUACCUAGUCAUCCUUGAGGACGACAUGGAAGUGUCAUUGGACUUCUUCAAAUACUUGCACAGCUUGGCUCCAGUGCUGAAAAAAGAUGAGACAGUCGCAGGCAUUACUGCAUUCAACUUCAAUAGCUACAAUUCGGCAGCGGACUCCCUCGUUGACUUCUACAGGACAGAUCGGCUGCAAGCCCUCGCCUUACUCGUACCCUCACGCACUCUUCACGAGUACCUCAUUCCGGGCUGGCCAACGCUUGAAUCUCCUCUGCGUUGGCACUCUGGGUUGCAGCGAGAGUUGGACAAGAAGACGAGCCUCUCUAUCAUCUACCCUGAGAUCUCACGGUGCCGCCAUUUUGGCUACAGCGGUCAUCAAAUUCACGGGUCGCUUCAAAAAGCUUUCUUCGACACUCAUAGAAUUUCCCUCACUACUUCGUAUGAAAUUCCUAAACAAAAUAUUGAAAGGCUCGAGCUGACAUCGUACGACCAGUGGCAGCUACAAACGAUCAAAAAUUCUAAGCCUGUUUCCUUCAACUUCUGCAAGUAUGCUUAUCCUUACGGAGAGGAUCCGAUCGUAGUGUACGUCGAAUACGAUGGCAACAUGGAUAACGAUAAACAGCUUUUGGCUCUUCUGAAGUGUUUCGGUGCGUGGCAUCUGUACGCGGAGGGCGAGUGGCGGCGUACGUGGCACCUGCGCUACAACGGACAUCCCGUCACUGUGGUGGCCGUCCCAGCGUCGCCGUACAGCAACCUGAAGCCCGCCGACUACAAGAUGGAAGAUAUGACAAAAGAAAAGCAAGAGGGAGAAAAUAUAUGAGCUUCAGCACGACGAGAAUGUGAUUUACUCAAAUUAAGUUUAUUAUUAGGUAAACAAUAAACAGGCCGCUACACAUUAGUUAAAACUUUCGAGAAAAAAAACAAAUACACUCAUAACAUUUAAUGAGACAUGCUGUCCAAACAGGGACACACUUUAUGCACGUAGCACAAAAAGUGCAUCUUUAUUUAAACAAAGUCUCACACAUUUUUCUGGUUGUACCUUUCAUGCAUUAACAAAUGUAUGUAUGAUCUACCAAACUUGCCGCUCAUUCAAAUGUCAUUCAAAUUAAGCCCACGGCGUGAGAAACAUUUAAGCACGUCACUAGGAUUUUCCAUUAAAUACUUAGUAUUA